AAGGGAAAGAAAGAUAAAGACGGAGAGGAUGAUGCAGGAGUCGUCGUCGUCGACCCUCGGCUGGCCUUCUUUGAAGAGAAGGUAUGCAAUGCCCUGAAAAUCAAGAACGACAAGUGGAAGAAAAUGAUCUCGGUCCAAGAAAACAUUACAACUGUGGUUCAGUUUCUGGAUCAAGAGCACAAUACUCUGCUCUUCUAUAUCACCCAGCGCGAGGACUUGCUGCCUGCAAUUGUAUUCCCGCCCAUGCUCAAGAAAAAGUCCAUCUACUUCCUCAAGAAGAGCCUCAAUGUCCCUGUCACCGAAAAACUCGACACAGAGCUCGUCAUGGGCGACAUUCCCGCAAACCCCCUCGACUUUCUGAGCACCAUCCUCGAGGAAGUGUAUCUCCCGCUGCUGACAAACCCAAAGAAUCUCGAGAGCUGGCCAGAAGUCGUCGCCAGCGAUGUGCUCCGCCAUUUUCAUGCCCUCAACGGUGCCGUGUGUGUCAUAUCAGGCAAAACUAAGGGGAAAACCAUGCUGCAUCUCCCUCACGGCGCCAAACAAGGGGCCGAAGUCGAUAAAUCGAUACUGCACACUCUUGAGAGCGCCGUCAUUGACUGGACGCACCAAAUCAAGGAGGUUAUCAAGUCGUCUUCGGCUGCCCCACUCGACGAGGGACUCAACCCGGGUCCGAUGGUCGAAAUCGACUUUUGGGCCGCCAAGGCUGCUAAUCUCAAGUCGAUCCACCAGCAACUGACUGACGAGAAGAUUCAAAAAAUUGGAAGGACCCUGGAGAGCAACAAGAGCACGUACUACCCUGCAUUCAAGGCCAUCAUGGAGGAAGUUGUCUUUGCCCUGGACGAGGCGAGCGAUAUUACAAUGUACCUCAAAACCCUGCAGCCGAGCGUCGAGCGCCUCACUUCCACGGGAGACUUUGCCGAGCUGGCGCAGGUCUUCCCCGGGAUGAUGAAGCUUCUCUCUCUGAUCUGGACAUUCUCCAAGUACUACAACACGCCAAAUCGAAUCACCGUCGUCCUGCGAGAGAUCUGCAACGACAUUAUUGAGCAGGCGCGAAGCUUUAUCCAGCCCACGGAACUCUUCACGGGUGAGUCCGAAGAGGCUGCCGAACGGCUCAAGCUUGUGCUGAGAAUAUGCGAUGCCUUCAAGGCCAGCUACUACGAAACCAAGGCAGAGACCGAAGAGACCGACAACCCGUGGGGCUUUGAUUCGAAGCACAUUUUUGAUCGGCUCGAUGCCUUCCUGACUCGCGUGCGACAACUCCGAGAUUUAUUUGACAUCAUCAUCGAGUUCAAUCGCCUCGAGAAGAUUGAGAUCGGAGGCACCAAGGGCAAGAUUCUCAGCUCACAGGUGAUCGAGAUAUUCAACGAAUUCACCGUCGCACUCAGUGCCUUUGCCCGAAUCAAGUACGAUGUGCUGGACCUCAGCAUCAAGCAAUUCGACACUGACCUCGGAAUCUUCCACACCAAAAUUACUGACCUUGACAGGCGCAUCGGAACCAUUUUGUGCCAGGGUUUCGAUGAUUGCGCCGGACUCUAUUCGUGCUUCCGGCUUCUAGAGUCUUUCUCUGGUCUCUUGUCUCGGCCCAAUAUCCAGCGCGACUUUGAGGGGAAAUACUUUCUUCUUCUGCAGAUGUACUCGCAGGACCUCGACGAUGUCAGCGUUAUCCUCCAGACCUUCAAGGAUUGCCCGCCAAUUCAUUACAACAUGGCACCUAUCACCGGCGGCGUGGCGUGGGCGCAUGAACUCAAAGAUCGCAUUUCCAAGGCUAUGGAUAAGCUCAAGAGCCUCAACCACAGCAUCAUGAACACCGAGGAGGCCAACAUCCUCAAGGCCAAAUACACUGAGCUCUACGAGGCGCUCGACAGCUUCGAAAGCAAUCUCUUCAAUCAAUGGGCCGGCCAGAUUGUGGAUGAAAGCGAGCAGAACCUCAAUAAUCCUCUUCUCAUUCGCAACGAGGACAGGCUGCUCCAAGUCAACUUUGACCCCAAGGUCGUUGCCCUGUUGCGCGAAGUGAGAUACUUUGAGGCCUUGGCAGUGAAGGCCCCGCAGACGGCUGCUAGAGUCUACUCCAAAGCAGAAGUCUUCCGAAAGUACAUUUUUGCGCUCGACCAUGUAUCCAGCAUGUACAAUGGAAUCCGCACUGGUGUCCUUGGCGUCGAGAAGCCUCUGAUUCAAAAUAAGAUCGAUGAGAUUGAUUUGCAAAUCGAGCGCGCGCUCACGACCUUGAACUGGAACUCGGAUGGCAUCGAUGAGUACAUCAAUCAGAUCACCGAAACCGUCGGCAGCCUCAACAGCAUCCUGCAAGUCACCAAGAACAAUGUCAAUCAGAUCCAGAAGAUCAUGAAGGCGUGGUAUGCGAACCCGAUUAUCGAGCGCAAAGACGGCAAGAAGCUGCUCAAUCUCGAGGAACGUGAUACCAAGGUCACCACGUUUUACGAAAGCGUGCGCAAGGACGGCCAGACCAUCCACGACCUGGUCUUGCAAACAAGGACGCUUCUCGAGGUGGACGAAACAACCGACAUGUGGCGUGACUAUUUGGAGUACAUUGACGAUUUGGUGCGCGAGGGCUUCUGGAUCAGCAUCAAGAACAAUCUCGAGUAUCUCACAAGCAACAUGGAUGCUGAGAAGCUCAAAGUAGCCGAACUCGGACCGCUGCUCGAGUCGAAGCUGGAGCUCGACAACGAGAUGCUGGUCUUUACGCCGGGCAUGGAAGAGGGAUCGGAGCAAUCACUGAUGUGGAUCAUCGAAGAUCUUCUGGAAGAUAUCUACAGCGUUGCAUCGCUGAUGCCACGCGUCGCUCCGCCGUCAGAGGAAGAUAUUGAAGCAGUGAUGCCGCAGCGGUCGUCCGUCGCAACCGCGCGUGGAGACGACGGCGACGAUGGUUAUGACGAAGCCGCUCACCUCGGCCGCAUGGAGCAAAUCCGUGUCGAAAACCGAACUUACCUUGGCGAAAUGAGGCGCGAUGAUGAUCUUCUGACCCUACGGGAGGAUAUUAUCAACCGUGUCCAAGUCAUCACCGAAGACUGCCAGAACUAUCGCGACAGCUACGAGCAGUUCUCGUACCUAUGGACGGAAAACCGUCAAGAGUACAUGAAGAACUUCCUGGCUGCAGGGGCCGAAAAGGACGAAGAAGGCAACACCAUCCAGCAGUCUGCCGAGGAUGCCCAGUAUCAGCCCAUCCAGCUCGAGCGAUUCGAAGCUGAGAUCCGCAAGUUCGAAGGCAUCCACAAGACCAUCAUGGCCAUCGACCCCGAGAUCAUAUUCCAGUCUUGGUUCAAGGUCGAUGCCCGCCCGAUGAAGCAGUCCCUGAACGUGGUUGUCAAAAAAUGGAGCUACACGCUGACCAAGCAUCUGUCUGACGACUGCGUCUCGACCCUCAACGAGCUCAACAAGUUCAUCAAGUUCAACAAAAAGGGUCUUCAGGGCAAGAUUGAGGAGGGCGACUAUGACGCACUGGUCAAUGCCAUGGGACUGCUGCAUGCGGUCAAACACCGCACAAAUAACAUCGACAAAGUGUUUGAGCCUCUCCGGAAAACCAUCAACCUGCUGCGCCAGUUCGGGGUCGAGAUGCCGGACGAGAUUCACAAGCUGCUGAACGAUCUCCCGGAAGAGUGGGCCGAGGUCAAGAAAUUGUCGGUGUCGAUCAAGGACCAGGUGGCUCCUCUCCAGGCCAAGGAAGUUGAUGUGCUGCAACAAAAGUGCAACCGAUUCGAGGCCCGCAACCAUGAGUUCCGAGAAGAGUUCCGAGCCAAGGCACCCUUCAAGUUCUCGAUUGGACCAGACACGGCCUAUGAAAUGAUCGAUCUCAACCACAUUGAGGUGGCUGCGAUGGAGAGCGACGCAGCGGCCAUCAAGACAUCGUGCGAGCUCUUUGAGCUCAAUCUGCCCAACUAUCGACAGCUGACCGACUGUCGGCGCGACAUUGGGAUGCUCAAGAGCGUCUGGGACGUCGUGGCUCUGGUCACGUACAUGUUCUCCGAGUGGCGCACGACACUGUGGACAGAGAUCGACACCGACUCCAUGGAAAACCACUGUCGCGAUCUCGCCAAGGAGCUGCGCCGCAUGGAUAAGGAAAUCAAGGGCUGGGAUGUGUACUCGGGGCUAGAUCAGAUGGUCAAGGAUAUGAUCACGUCCCUGCGAGCAGUGGGCGAGCUUCGCAGCAGCGCUAUCCGCGACCGCCACUGGAAGCAGCUCAUGAAGACCACAGGAGUCACCUUCGUGCUGACAAAGGACAUGAAGUUCCAGGACUUGCUGAGCUUACAGCUCCACAAGUAUGAAGACGACGUCAAGGUGAUCGUUGAUCGCGCUACAAAGGAGCUGGCGAUGGAGAAGGUCCUCAACGACCUCACAAAAACCUGGAGCGUUCUCGAGUUCACAUACGAAAUCCACGAGUCCACCAAGACCCCGCUGCUCAAGAGUUCGGAGGAGCUGAUCGAGACUCUCGAAGACAAUCAAGUUAUGCUGCAGAACAUGAUGACAUCCAAAUACGUGGCCCACUUUGAGACCCAGAUCAACAAAUGGCAAAACACCCUCUCCACGGUCGACUCGGUGACGACGCUGUGGCUGGAGGUCCAGCAGACCUGGUCCCACCUCGAAAACAUCUUCAUGGGCUCGGAAGACAUCCGAGCGCAGCUCCCGGAGGACUCCAAGAGAUUCGAUGGCAUCGACUCGGACUACAAGGCCCUGAUGAAGGAGGCCUCCAAGACCCCAAACGCCGUCGAGGCGUGCACGAGAGAAGGACUCUACGAGACCCUGGAGGGACUCCAGAGCCGGCUUGCUCUUUGUGAAAAGUCGCUCGCAGAGUAUCUCGAGACCAAGCGUUUGGCUUUUCCGCGCUUCUACUUCGUGUCGGCCACGGAUCUACUGGACAUUCUUGCAAAGGGCAACAUGCCCGAGGCCGUCGCCGUUCAUCUGCCCAAGCUCUACGACAGCAUCGCCCGCCUCGAGUUUGAUAAAUCCAGCAACAAGCCGGGGGAAAUCAGCAAGACCGCCAUCGGCAUGUACUCGAAGGAAGACGAAUACGUGCCAUUCAUCACUCAGUGCGAGUGCACGGGCCCGGUCGAAGUGUGGCUCAAUCGCCUAACCGAUACGAUGCGAAAGACUUUGCGAUCGAUGCUCGGCGAUGCCGUCACCGGAUACGAAGAAAAGCCCAGAGAACAGUGGAUCUUUGACUACCCUGCCCAAAUCACUCUCGCCGGCACACAGAUCUGGUGGACAACCGAGGUCAACGCAGCCUUCAGCCGCCUUGAGGAAGGCUACGAGAAUGCUGUGAAGGACUACUACAAAAAGCAAGUCAACCAGUUGACUGCCCUCAUCUCGUUGAUUCAGGGCGAGCUCACCAAGGGCGAUCGUCAGAUGAUCAUGACUGUGUGUACGCUCGACGUGCACGCUCGUGACAUGGUGGCCAAGCUCAUCCUCGAGAAGGCCGAGAACGCCCAGUGCUUCAGCUGGCAGUGUCAGCUCCGCCUUCGCUGGGACGACGUUGACCAAAACGACUGCUUCAUCAACAUCUGCGAUGCCCACUUCCGCUACAACUACGAGUACCUCGGCAACACCCCGCGUCUUGUUGUGACGCCGCUGACGGAUCGCUGCUACAUCACGCUGACCCAGUCGCUGCAUUUGAUUAUGGGUGGAGCACCCGCUGGUCCGGCUGGAACGGGCAAGACAGAGACCGUCAAGGAUCUGGGCAAGGCUCUGGCGAUCAUGGUCUACGUCUUCAACUGCUCCGAGCAGAUGGACUACAAGUCCAUUGGCAACAUUUUCAAGGGACUGGCCCAGGCCGGCGCGUGGGGCUGCUUUGAUGAGUUCAAUCGCAUCUCGGUCGAGGUGCUGUCCGUCGUCGCGACCCAAGUCAAGUCCAUCCAGGACGCACUGCGAUCCAAAAAGAAGCGCUUCAUCUUCCAGGGCGAGGAGAUUGGCCUGGUGAUGACGGUGGGAUACUUCAUCACCAUGAACCCGGGCUAUGCUGGCCGCACCGAGUUGCCCGAAAACAUCAAGGCCCUCUUUCGGCCGUGCUCCAUGUGUGUUCCCAAUCUGGAGCUCAUCAUGGAAAUCAUGCUUAUGGCCGAAGGCUUUAUCGAGGCAUCCUCGCUGGCCCGCAAGUUCAACACUCUGUACAAGCUCAACAAGGAGCUGCUUUCCAAGCAGGACCACUACGACUGGGGUCUGCGAGCGAUCAAAUCUGUCCUUGUCGUUGCCGGUUCGCUCAAGCGAUCGGACCCGAACGUCCCGGAGGAGCAUGUGCUCAUGAGAGCGCUGCGCGACUUCAACUUGCCCAAGAUUGUGGCUGACGACUUGCAGGUCUUCCAUGGCCUGAUCGGAGACUUGUUCCCCAAGGUCGAGGUGCUCCGAAAGCGAAACGAGAAGCUCGAGGAGGAGAUUCGCAAAGUCACCAUCGAGAGCGGGCUCCAGGCCGAGGAGAUCUUUGUGCUCAAGGUUGUGCAGUUGGAGGAGCUGAUGGUGGUGCGUCAUUGUGUCUUCAUCAUCGGAAACGGCGGCACGGGCAAGUCGCAAAUCUGGAAGAUGCUGGCAAAGACCUACAUUGCCAUGGGACGCAAGUGUGUCUUUGCCGACUUGAAUCCCAAGGCCGUGAGCACGGACGAUCUCUUUGGCUGCAUCAACCCGGCCACACGAGAAUGGAAGGACGGUCUGUUUUCGUGCAUCCUCCGUGACCAAGCCUCGGUCCCAGGCACCGACCCCAAGUGGGUGAUCCUGGACGGCGACAUCGACCCCAACUGGAUCGAGUCGCUCAACACAGUCAUGGAUGACAACAAGAUGCUGACCCUGGCGUCCAACGAGCGCAUUCCGCUCAAGCCGCACAUGCGGCUUGUGUUUGAAAUCGGAGAUCUAAAAUAUGCUACGCCCGCAACGGUGUCGCGCGCAGGUAUUCUAUAUCUCAACACAACCGAUCUGGGAUGGAACCCCUACGUCCAGUCGUGGCUCGAUAAGCGCGAAGAUGCUGCAGAGAAAUCUGCGCUGACGGUUUUGUUCGAUCGAUACGUCAACAUCACUCUCGACGCCCUGCGCUCCGGCAAGUUCAAGAUGGCCAAUGUCGAGGAAUUCUGCAUGGUCGUUACGCUCUGCAACAUCCUGGAGGGGCUGCUGACGCCCGUUAAUACUCCCAAGGGCUGUGACAAGGAAUGGUUUGAGAUCUACUUUGUGUUUGCUGCAGUGUGGGCAUUUGGUGGCUGUGUUUUCCAAGACCAGCUCGUGGACUAUCGCGUCGAGUUCUCCAAGUGGUGGGUCUCUGAGUUCAAGGUCGUCAAGUUCCCGCUCAGCGGGACCGUGUUUGACUACUUUAUCGACACCGAAACCAAACGUUUCCUGCCCUGGAGCGAAAAGGUCCCCGCCUACGAACACGAUCCCGAAAUGCCCUUACAGUCCGUUCUCGUGCACACCCAAGAGACGAUUCGGCUGCGGUACAUGCUUGAUGUUCUCGCCGACAACGGCAAGCCUGUGUUGAUGAUUGGUAAUGCCGGCUGCGGCAAGACUGUCUUGAUGCAGGAAAAGCUGUACUCGUACGGGGAAGAUAGGAUGAUUGUCAAUGUGCCCUUCAACUUUUAUACCACCGCGUGGUCGCUACAGUCCAUCCUGGAAAAGCCGCUGGAGAAGAAGGCCGGUCGCAACUACGGCCCACCGGGCACCAAAAAACUGAUCUACUUCCUCGACGACUUGAACAUGCCCGAAGUUGACAAGUACGGAACCGCAAGCCCACACACUCUUCUGAGACAGUACUUGGACUACCGGCACUGGUAUGAUCGACAGAAGCUCACCCUCAAAGAAAUCCACAACUGCCAGUACGUGGCGUGCAUGAACCCCACGGCUGGCUCGUUCACCAUCACCGGGCGCUUGUCGCGACACUUUGCUACUUUUGCAAUGAACUUUCCGGGAGUGGAUUCGCUGCAGUCAAUCUACUACCAGAUUCUGUCCGCACACGUCAAGAUCUUCCCAAACAGCAUCCAGAAGCUCGCGGAGAAGCUCGUUGGUGCCGCGCUGGCUCUCCACAAGAAGGUCUCGGGCUUUUUCCUGCCGACUGCGGUCAAGUUCCACUACAUUUUCAAUCUGCGUGAUCUCUCCAACAUCUUCCAGGGCAUUCUGUUCUCCAUCAAAGAGACGCUGAAGGAGCCUGUCGAUCUCAUUCGACUGUGGAUCCAUGAAGCCUUUCGUACAUACGGCGACAAAAUGGUUGACGUCGAGGACCGCACCCAGCUCCAGAAGUUCGCGGAGGAGAUCAGCAAAAAGUCCUUUGAUGAUAUGGACCAGAAUCUGAUCAAGGCCGAGCCCCUCAUCUUUACUCACUUUGCCAUGGGGAUCGGUGAGCCCAAAUACGGCCAACUCCAGGAGUGGUCCCAGCUCAAGCGGCUCUUAGACGAGGCGCAGCUCCAGUACGACGAAGUCAAUGCUGCGAUGAACCUCGUGCUGUUCGAGGAUGCCAUGAGCCAUGUGUGCCGCAUCAACCGCGUGCUUGAGAGCCCGAGAGGCAACGCCCUGCUGGUCGGUGUUGGCGGCAGCGGCAAGCAGUCGCUGGCACGAAUCGCUGCAUUCAUCUCGCAGAUGGAAGUCUUCCAGAUCACACUCAAGAAGGGCUACUCCGUCACGGAUCUGAAAACAGAUCUGGCGAUGCUGUAUACCAAGACAGGCCAGAAGAAGCAGCAGAUCAUGUUCUUGCUGACGGACUCGCAGAUUGCCGAUGAAAAGUUCCUUGUCUUGAUCAACGACAUGCUCGCCUCUGGAGUGAUCCCGGGCCUUUUCCCGGACGACGAGCUCGAAACGAUCAUUGGCUCGAUGCGCAACGAGGCCAAGGCGCAGGGGCUGAUGGAUACGCGCGAAGUAUGCUGGGAUCUCUUUAUCCGCUUGGUGCGAAAGAACCUCAAGGUGGUUCUCUGCUUCUCGCCCGUCGGCAACACUCUACGCUCGAGAUGCAGAAAGUUCCCUGCAAUCGUCAAUUGCACCAUCAUCGACUGGUUUGCUGAGUGGCCCGAGGAGGCCCUGGAGUCUGUCGCCUCUCGCUUCAUCUCGACGUGCGACCUGGUCCCGACAGAGCUGCGAGAAUCCGUCACCAAGUUUAUGUCUUACGCGCACCAGUCCGUCAACGGUGUCUCGAAAAAGUACCUGGUGAAUGAGAAGCGAUACAACUACACGACUCCAAAGUCUUUCCUGGCGCUGAUCUCGCUGUACAAGGAAAUGCUCGAGAAAAAGUCCAAGGAGCUGACCAAGAGCAUGGACCGUCUCGAGAACGGUUUGACAAAGCUGCAGUCGACGGCAUCUCAAGUCGACGACCUCAAGGCCAAGCUAGCUUUCCAGGAAGUCGAUCUGAAAGCCAAGAACGAGGAGGCUAUGCGACUGAUCGAGCGCGUUGGCAUCGACACCGAAAAGGUCAAUCAGGAGAAGGCCGUUGCUGCCGAGGAGGAGCUCAAGGUCGAUGCCAUCACCCGAGAGGUGUCCAUCAAGGCCAUUGCUUGUCAAAAUGACCUCAAGGCCGCCGAGCCGGCGCUUGCCGCCGCCGCCGCCGCCUUGAACACCCUCAACAAAGCCAACUUGACAGAGCUCAAGUCCUUCGGCUCGCCGUCCGAGGAGGUCAAGAACACGGUUGCCGCCGUCAUGGUCCUGCUGAGUCCGCCGGGCAAAAUCGCCAAAGACCGCAGCUGGAAGGCUGGCAAGAAUAUGAUGGCCAAGGUCGAUGCCUUCUUGGACCAGCUCAUCACCUUCAAUAAAGAGAACAUCGACCGGUCCAACUUGGAGGCCCUGCAGCCGUAUCUCAACGAUCCCGACUUCAACGAGGAGUUCAUGAAGAGCAAAUCGAUCGCCGCUGCCGGUCUGUGUUCCUGGGUCAUCAACAUCGUAGGGUACUACAACGUAUAUUGCGACGUCGAACCCAAGCGCAAGGCGCUCGAGCAAGCCAACAGCGAGCUAAGCGUCUCUCAAGCAAGACUGCGCGAUAUCCAGUCCAAGAUUGCCGAGCUCGACGCCAACCUGGCUGACCUCAAGGCCAAGUUCGAAAAGGCCACGGCCGACAAACUCAAGUGCGAGGAAGAGGCGAGAUCAACCCAGGAGACCAUCGUGCUCGCAAACCGUCUUGUCAACGGUCUGGCCUCCGAGAAGGUCCGCUGGAGCGAAGCCGUGGCCCGCUUCAAGGAGCAGGAGAAGAUGCUGGUAGGGGACGUGCUGCUUGCGGCCGCAUUCGUCUCGUAUGUGGGAUGCUUCAGCAAGCGGUACCGUGAAGAACUCCUCCAGGACUUAUGGAUGAAGUACCUCAAGUCCGAAGAUAACAAGUUCAAGAUCCCGCUCUCGGAGGGGCUGGAUCCCAUGGAACUCCUCACAUCCAGCGCCGAAAUCGCAAAAUGGAACAAUGAGGGUCUGCCGACGGACAGAGUCUCGCUCGAAAAUGCCACCAUGGUCGUCAGCUGCAAACGCUGGCCGUUGAUCAUCGACCCACAGCUUCAGGGCGUCACCUGGAUCAAGAACCGCGAGGGCGCCGCUCUCAAGGUUGUCCGGCUUGGCUCGCGCGGCUAUCUGGACAUGAUUGAGAAGGCAGUGUCGUCCGGCGACACCGUGUUGAUUGAAGACAUUGCCGAGUCAAUCGACGCCGUGCUCAACCCGCUCCUCGGUCGUGAGACGAUCAAGAAAGGCCGGUACAUCAAAAUGGGCGACAAGGAAGUCGAGUACGAUCCCAGGUUCAAGCUGCUGAUCCAGACUCGCCGGGCUAACCCGCACUACCCACCCGAGAUCCAGGCGCAGACGACGCUGAUCAACUUUACGGUGACGCUGCAGGGUCUGGAGGACCAGCUGCUGGCCGACGUCGUCAACAUUGAGCGUCCGGAUCUGGAGAGGACCAAGGCCGAGCUGACCAAGCAGCAAAACGAGUUCAAGAUCAAGCUGACCGAGCUCGAGGAUGCGCUGUUGUCGCGUCUGUCUGCUGCACAGGGCAACUUCCUGGGCGACACUGCUCUGGUCGAGAACCUCGAGAUUACCAAGAGCACAGCCACCGAUAUCGAGCAAAAGGUCGAGGAGGCCAAGAAGACCGAGAAGAAGAUCAAUGAAACCCGCGAGCUGUACCGGCCGGUCGCUGCGCGGUCGUCGCUGCUGUACUUCUUGCUCAACGACCUGUGGCAAAUCCACCCGAUGUACCAGUACUCGCUCAAUGCAUACAAGGUCGUCUUCAAGACGGCAAUCGAGCGGGCCGAGAUGUCCGAAGACAUCAAGGAGCGUGUGGUCUCGCUCAUUGACUCGAUCACACACAUGGUCUUUAUCUACACCACCCGCGGCCUGUUUGAGCGCGACAAGCUCAUCUUUACCUCGCAGAUGAGCUUCCAGAUCCUCAACGCCAGCGGGGAUAUUGACCUGGCUGAGCUCGACUUUUUGCUGCGAGCGCCACGGGUGGCCGGCAUCAACUCGCCCUUCGAAUGGCUGCCGGCGGCGGCGUGGGGCAUGAUCAAGGCGCUCUCGAACAUGGAGCAGUUCCGAACGCUUGCUUCCGAUAUCGAGGGCUCCUCGAAGCAGUGGAAAAAGUUCUGCGAGAACGAGUCUCCUGAGAACGAAAAGCUGCCGCAGGAGUGGAAGAACAAGAACCCACUUGCCAAGAUGUGCAUCUUGCGAUGCCUGCGUCCCGAUCGCAUGACCUAUGCCAUGCGCAACUUUGUGUCUCUCAAGAUGGGUGUGAAGUUCACGGACUCGUCGCGCAUCCCGCUCGCGAGGUCGUUCGAGGAAGCCAAGCCGUGGACGCCCAUCUUCUUCAUUCUGUCGCCCGGUGUGGAUCCUGUCAAGGAAGUCGAGGCCCUCGGAAGGACCCUGGGAAUCACCGAGGACAACAAGAACUUCCACAACGUCUCUCUUGGACAGGGCCAGGAAAUCAUUGCAGAGCAGCGGCUGGAUCUGGCCUACCGCGAGGGUGGCUGGGUCAUGCUUGAGAACAUCCAUCUGGUUGCCAAAUGGCUUCCGGUCCUGGAGAAGAAACUGGAACUGCUGGCGAUGGGGUCGCAUGCCGAUUUCCGUGUGUUCCUGUCGGCCGAGCCCGCCGGCGACCCCUCCAUGCACAUCAUCCCAAUCUCGAUCCUGCAGGCCUCCAUCAAGAUCACCAACGAGCCUCCCACAGGCAUGCAAGCCAACAUCCACCGCGCCCUCGACAACUUUUCGCAGGAGACCCUGGAGCGAUGUAGCAAGGACGCCGAGUUCAAGUCGAUCCUGUUCGCACUGUGCUACUUCCACGCCGUCGUCCUCGAACGACGCAAGUUCGGCACCCAGGGCUGGAACCGCGGCUAUCCCUUCAGCACGGGCGAUCUCACCAUCUCGGUCGAUGUGCUUUACAACUAUCUGGAGAGCUUCCCCAAAGUGCCGUGGCCGGAUCUCCGGUACAUCUUUGGGGAGAUCAUGUACGGCGGCCAUAUUUCGGACGACUGGGACCGGCGGCUCUGCACGGCGUACUUGGAUGUGUAUCUCCACGAAGAGAUGCUCGAGGGCAACUUUGAGCUGGCGCCGGGCUUCCUGGCCCCGCCCACGUCGGACUACAAAGAAUACCAUCGGUACAUUGACGAAAACCUGCCGCCCGAGUCGCCCAACCUGUACGGUCUGCACCCGAACGCCGAAAUUGGCGUGCUUACCAAGCUGGCCGACAACCUGUUCAAGACCAUUCUGGAAAUGCAGCCCCGCGACACUGCAGGCGGCACAGCAACAUCCAAGGAAGAAAAGGUCAAGGCCGUGUUGGAUGAGAUCUUGGAGCGCCUGCCCGACGGAUUCAACGUUGCCGAGCUGAUUGCCCGCGUUGAGGAGCGCACGCCGUACAUCUCCGUGGCGAUCCAGGAGUGCGACCGCAUGAUGAUUCUCAUGACCGAAAUCCGGCGAUCGCUCAAGGAGCUUGCGCUUGGUCUGAAAGGCGACCUGACGAUCACGGAGAACAUGGAAGCGUUGAUGAACGCCAUGUUCCUCAACCAAGUGCCGGCGUCGUGGGAGAAGCUCGCAUAUCCGUCGCUGCAAGGACUGGCCAGCUGGUACGCCGAUCUUCUCUUGCGAAUCAAGGAGCUCGAGAAUUGGGUGGCCGAAUUCCAGCUGCCCGCCGUCAUUUGGAUCUCGGGGCUGUUCAACCCACAGUCGUUCCUGACGGCAAUCAUGCAGACGACCGCGCGCAAGUCCGAAUGGCCACUUGACCGCAUGAUCCUGACCGUGGAUGUGACCAAGAAGGCCCGCGAGGAGUUCUCCGGAGCACCCCGCGAGGGAGCCUAUAUACACGGCUUGUUCAUGGAAGGCGCCCGCUGGGAUAUCAACACCAGUCUCAUCCAAGAGUCGCUGAUGAAGGAGCUCACCCCAACCAUGCCAGUGAUCUAUGUCAAGGCCAUUCCCGUCGACAAGAAGGAGACCAAGGGAGUUUACGAGUGUCCCGUGUAUCGCACCCGGCAGCGCGGCCCGACCUUCAUCUGGACCUUCAAUCUCAAAACCAAGGAGCGACCGCAGAAGUGGAUCCUGGGCGGUGUGUGCUUGCUGUGUUCUGCCGAGUAACUCCGAGCCAAGGAGCACAAAUAUCACUCUCUUUGACUGCGUUUACUUGAAUUGCCCCGUUUCUGUCUGGGCCUGAUGGCUGCAUUUUCUGACUCUGAAUACACAAUCGCCAUUCAUCCUCGAGUGCUCUUCUGCUGCUCUGGUGCUCUGGGCUAUGCACUGCCCGUGGGCUGUCGGGAUUGAGGAUCACGACGCCCUG